AUGUCUUCUCCCGUCGACAACUCCGUCUUCCUCUCCCUCGCCCCCACCACUUCGUCCUCCUACCCCUUCAGAAAACAGCAACAGACCGCCGCCGAGCCGGCGCCCCUCAAGCGCCGCACCUCGAGCAUGAGCAGCGACGGCAGCAAGGAGGGCGGCGCCGCCACCGGCCUUCGCUUCCUCAAGCUUGGUCCCGUUCACUACGGCGAGCACCCCGACGAGCACAAGUCUGACUGGCACCCUGCUCUCCUGGGCUAG